AUGAACUGGACCAAUGAGACGGCUGCUGUACAUGCACAGUACAGCAGCCUGACAGGCGGGCGAUCUUUCCUUCACUCUGCUGCUUUUCUGUGUUUCCAGAAACUUCCACGUCUGGCCAGCCGAGCCUUCAGCAGCUCAGCCAGACAGCUGAAGAACAAAGUCCCCGAAUCCCAGAAAAUCUUCCAGGAGGACAACGGGCUGCCGGUCCACAUCAAAGGAGGAACCGGCGAUGUUCUGCUCUACCGGGCAACCAUGACGCUAACCAUCGCAGGAACCUGUUACUCUCUGUACUGGCUCCUCAUCGCCUCAUUCCCUCAGAAGAAGGAGUAGAGGAGGAAGAGGAGGAUAAGAGCCUCUGGCUCGGUCUAACACUAAUAUAUGUUGUGUGUAACUCUGCUUGAUUUGUCUCCACAUAUCUGUCCUUCAUCAAAGAUCAAAUAAAGAAAAUAUCCAGAGUU